CCCAGCACAAACGUCCCUCUGCUACGGUAAGAGGAAAAAAUGGCGGCGAGCAUACUGCGGCUCCCUCUCCGUCUCUCCAGCAGGAACACGGGCAUAAUGACCCGUAACACCAGCCUGAAAACGUCCACCACUUCCAGGACGACUCAGAGCAGGAAUGUGGUGUCCACGUCUUCGGGGGCAAUCCUACCAAAACCAGAAAAAACACCUUUCGGCCUUAUCCGCAUGACAGUGGUGGUGGUGCCUUUCCUUUAUGUUGGCACUCUGAUCAGCAAGAAUUUUGCCGCCCUCCUGGAGGAGCAUGACAUCUUUGUCCCUGAGGAUGACGACGACGAUGACUGACUUGUCUGUAACACAAAAGGGUGCUUUGCAAUAUGAACUGAAAUAAUACCAGGCAGCACAGGCAAGAAGAGGCUGGAGUGCACUUUCAGACAGAACCGUUUCCUCCAACCAUCUCCUUCAUAUUGCUGCCCAUAUUUAUCCUGAUUUUUGAAAGGUCUCUUGUCUUGUGAGGCUAUCUGAACCAUUAGCUCUGCCUUUAUUCUUGUUUGCAUGUUUACAAGUGUAUCCAAUAAAUAAACAAGGUUGAUCACACAUAAGAAAUAAAGAAAAGGUGUUUCACAACUGUAAUUGGUCCAUACAUAACAGUUCUAAUGCAAUAAAAUUGGUUUUACAUGA